AUGUCAGUGUUAGCCUUGGUGAGAGACUCUGACGCUUCCCCAUCUUCUCUACGGAAACCCCACAUGGUUUGGCGUGAGGCUAGAAGAGUGCUUCAGACUUGGGCUCCCCAGAUGAAGGGUCUGAGGCUGGAGCCAGCACCUAGACUUUUGUGUGUCAGGUUGGUGACCAUGUUGCUGCUAGGGAUAAUUUUUCUCCCAAGCAUAUGUUGUGAUAUGGAAUCCACACAUUACUCUUCUUAUGAAAUAGUCAUCCCCAAGAGUCUGACAGUCGAGGGGAGUGAAGACCCAGAGGGAAAGGCAUCCUACAUGCUAUUUAUGCAAGGCCAGAAGCAGCUGCUUCAUUUGAAGGUGAGGAGAGACUAUUUUGUAAGUGACUUCCCCAUCUACACUUACCACAAUGGCAUCCUGGGGCAAGAAAUGCCUUCCAUCUCACACGACUGCCACUAUGAGGGCUACAUAGAAGGAGCGCCAGGCUCUUUUGUUUCCGUCAACACCUGCUCGGGCCUCAGGGGCAUCCUGAUCAAGGAGGAGACAUCCUACAGCAUCAAGCCCAAGCUCUCUUCCAAGCAGUUUGAGCACGUGCUAUUCACCACGGACCCACAAGCUCCAGUCUCCUGUGGCGUCCCGUCCCAAGACAGACCGGCAUCCACCAGCCAGCAAGAAGGGAGGAGGAAUCCUCUUCAAUUGCAGGCGCUGUCCUACUUGUGGUCACUCACCAAGUACGUGGAGAUGUUUGUCGUGGUCAACAACGAGCGGUUCCAGAUGUGGGGCAGUAACGUCAGUGAGACCGUCCAGAGAGUUGUGGACAUCAUUGCUCUGGCCAACAGUUUCACCAGGGGCAUAAACACAGAGGUGGUGCUGGCCGGAAUGGAGAUCUGGACCGAGGGGGACCUCAUAGAGGUCCCGGUGGACCUGCAAGGUACACUCAGGAAUUUCAACAGCUGGAGACAAGAGAAUCUCUCGAGUCGCGUGAGGCACGAUGUUGCCCACCUGAUCGUUGGGCAUCAUCCUGGUGAGAACAAGGGCCAGGCAUUCCUCAGCGGUGCCUGUUCAAGUGGCUUUGCGGCGGCUGUCGAAUCCUUCCCUCACGAGGAUGUCCUCCUGUUUGCGGCGCUCAUGGUCCACCAGCUCGGGCACAACCUGGGCAUUCGGCAUGACCAUGCGGCCUGCGUUUGUAAAGAUAAGCCGUUUUGCCUCAUGCGUGAAAAUAUCACCAAAGCAAGCGGCUUCAGCAACUGCAGCUCUGAGGAUUUCCACCGUUUCCUUCAAGAACACAAAGGGACCUGCCUCUUUAACAAGCCGUGGUACAGAAGCCACAAGAGGCAGGAGCCUACUUGUGGUAAUGGUGUGAUUGAACAAUCAGAGCAGUGUGACUGUGGUACUCAAUGUCAAAAUAGCGAAUGCUGUACCACGGAAUGCAAACUGAAGGAGGGUGCUCAGUGUAGUAAUGAACCCUGUUGUUCUGGAUGUAAAUUUCAAGCUAGUGGACACUCUUGCCGUGCUGUGUCAGGAGCAUGUGACCUCGCAGAAUACUGUAAUGGUAGUUCUUCAAUGUGUCCUGGAGAUAGGCAUAAGCAAGAUGGCACAGUAUGUCGAAAAACAUUCCAGUGCCUUAAAGGUUUAUGCAUGGACCCUGAUGUUCAGUGCUCAAAUGUUUUUGGGGGUAGUUCAACAUCAGGCCCAGCAGAGUGUUACACAUCGAUAAAUGGCAGAGGGGACCGGUUUGGAAACUGUGGCCAUCCUACUAGCGAAAAUCCAAACUACGUUAAGUGCGCAGACGAAAAUAAGUUGUGUGGGAAAAUUAUUUGUACGGGUCUUUUGGCUUUACCAGAAAUAAAGGAGCACUACACAGUGCUCCAGAUCCCUCAUGGAGAUGACUGGUGCUGGAGCAUGGACUCCUUCAAAGACACUGACAACAUCGACAUUGGGGAUGUGAAUAAUGGCACUUUCUGUGGUACAAAGAAAAACUGCCAAAAAUUUAGUUGUACAGAUGCCACUGAGCUCAAAUUUGACUGUCAGGCAGAUGUAACUUGUAAUGGGAAAGGAGUCUGCAACGAUUUAGGGAACUGUCAUUGUGACUUUGGCUUUGAACCUCCUGACUGCACAAAGGUAGGAAAUGGGGGUAGUAUUGACAGUGGCCCUGUGGGUGGGGCAGAAGUGGAAGCUCCUCCUCCGGGAAGUGACGAAAGUGAACAAAAUGAAACCAUUAGCCGAAAGCAAGAAGAGGCUCUAGACCAAACACUAUUAAUCUUUAUUAUAUUAAUUGGAAUAAUACUACUAGUUCUAUUGAUCUGCUGCUUCUGCAUGUUUAAAAGCUCAAAAGCUGCACCAGCACCUGCACCAGAAGCAGCACCAGCACCAGAAGCAGCUCCUGCAGAAGGACCACCUCCAGAAGCAGCUCCUGCAGAGGGACCACCUCCAGAAGGAGAGGCCCCAGCAGAGCCAGCCCCAGGAGAGGCCCCAGCAGAGCCACCACCAGAAGAACCGGCACCAGCAGAAUAG